AUGGCCUGCCCCCCCACCCCCGGGCACAGCGGGCAGCAGGUCCCCACGGCUGAGCUGAGACCAGACGCCCUGGGUGGCAGGACCCAGCCACUUUCUGCCACCUCAGUCCAAAAGGCCAGCGGGGCAGCCCGUGUGGAAGGAAAGGCCCUAACGGACAGGGCCCUGGUGGGAGCGAGCCAAACGGAGCUGGGGCCCGCGCAGAGGCGGCGCGGGGCCUCGGCAGCACAGCGGCGGUCACGGGUUCGGCCCCCAGAGCCACUCCUGGGAAGAAAGCCCCACCACGUGGGUGGGCACGGACCAGAGGGGCAGCUGAAUCGAGAAGGGGGCAGGUGGCAGGCAAGGGGGGGGCCUCACUGUGCCUCCCUGGGGAGGGAGCCGAACCCCCACCCGGGCUGGCGGGCUGACGAGCUGCUCCCACAGCGCUUCUGGAGGUUCAUAUUCCGGAAGGGCCUGCCGGCCACCUCCCUCUGCCAGCUGGACUUCGCCGUCCUGGGCCUCGGGGACUCCUCCUACCCUCAGUUUAAUUUUGUGGCCAAGAAGCUGCACCGCAGGCUGCUCCAGCUGGGAGGCAGCGCCCUGCUGCCCGUGGGCCUGGCCGACGACCAGCACGAGCUGGGCCCCGACGCCGCCAUCGACCCCUGGCUGCAGGACCUGUGGGAGAAGGUGCUGGCGCUGCAGCCCGCGCCCCCCGGCCUCGGCGUGAUCCCCCCCGGAGUCCCCCUGCCCUCCACCUUCACCCUGCAGCCCCUGCAGGGGGCCCCCCAGUCCAUCCCCGAGGAGCAGCGCGUGGCCACGCCAGGCCCGCGGGGGCCCCCCUCUGAGCUGCAGCCCUUCCUGGCGCCCCUGGUCACCAACCAGAGAGUGACCGGCCCCUCCCACUUCCAGGACGUCCGUCUGAUCGAGUUUGACGUGGCGGACUCCGGGCUCAGGUGGGCGUCUCCUGCGGCGGGGGCCGGGCACCGCCUCGCCCGCCCGCAGGCACAGAAGGUGUACGUGCAGCACCGGCUGCGGGAGCACGGAGCCCUGGUGUGGCAGCUGCUGGACGGCCAGGGCGCCCACCUCUACCUGGCAGGCAACGCCAAGGACAUGCCCGCGGGUGUGUCGGAAGCCCUGACGGCCAUCUUCCAGGAGCAGGGCGGGCUCUCCGGCCCCGAAGCAGCCGCCUACCUAGCCAGGCUCCAGCGGACACGGCGUUUCCAGGCCGAGACGUGGGCCUGAGGUCGGUCCUGCUGGCGCCGGCCACUGGGACCCCGCCCUCGGCGCCCAGCAGCAGAGCGGCCAGCGCCCGGCGCUCCAGCCCACCUGGCCCCCCCAGCCCCACCCCGUCCCAGCCUUGCGUGGCCUGACGGGGCCGCGGGACCAGUGAGCCCCCUGGGGUUGGGGUGCAGGGGCCCGGGAGGGCUGAUGCUCCCCUCAGUCUCCUGCAUCUCUGCCCCCAAGCGCAGGGGUGCGGAGCAGCAGGAACCUCGCAGCAAUAAACAUUACUCCG